UACGUAUGCUUGACUUCCGCCAAAAGUUCAGUGUUCAGAGGGAGGAAACAGGUGAUCUUCAAUUUCAGUAACACUUCAUCAGGAACGAGCCAUUCCAAACAAAUUUAUCAAAAGGUUGUUUUGCACGGUACUGUUUAAGACAUACUACAACCUAUUGCGGAGUCUGCACGCUACUCAAAGAGAACCUCGCUUCCUGAGUCGGACAUCUUUGCAGAAUAACCCAUUUUACAGCGCCUGAAAUCAGAAGUUUUUGAGUACGGUCACCAGUGUGUAACUUACUUACUUCUACUUUGUCGGGAAGAUGCCUAAGGGAUUUGUAUGAAUUUAAAUAUCUAACGGAAAGUUUAUUUUAAUUCCCGAAUACUAAGCUGCUGCUUCUUUUUUUGGACUAAGUUGAGUCAAUCACCUGCUGACGAUUUUUUGGUGUGACUUAAAGCAACCUUUCUACUGUAGAUUUUACACAGGACAUCCGUUGAAAGAUGCAGACAAUAAAAUGUGUUGUGGUAGGAGAUGGAGCUGUUGGCAAGACUUGUCUUCUCAUUUCUUACACAACAAACAAGUUUCCAUCAGAGUAUGUCCCCACGGUAUUUGAUAAUUAUGCAGUGACUGUGAUGAUUGGAGGGGAACCGUACACUUUAGGACUCUUUGAUACUGCUGGGCAGGAGGACUAUGACAGACUUCGUCCACUAAGUUAUCCACAAACGGAUGUCUUCCUUGUAUGUUUUUCUGUUGUUUCUCCCUCCUCCUUUGAGAAUGUUCGUGAAAAGUGGGUUCCUGAAAUCUCUCACCAUUGUCCACGAACUCCAUUCCUACUAGUGGGCACUCAAGUUGACCUGCGAGAUGACCCUAGCAUUGUAGAAAAACUUGCUAAAAAUAAACAAAGGCCAUUAUCACCAGAAGUGGCAGAAAAAUUAGCACGGGAUCUGCGAGCAGUGAAGUAUGUAGAAUGCUCCGCUCUUACCCAGAGAGGACUGAAGAAUGUUUUUGAUGAAGCGAUCCUGGCAGCUCUUGAGCCUCCCGAGACUAAACAAAAAAGAAAGUGCUGUUUACUAUGAAGAUAUCUCUCCAUAUAUUUAAGCAUGGAGAUGUGACAACUCUUUAAUUGCUGACCAAAAGAUGGAGGUUUUGUGCUGCUGAUUAUUCCAAUACCGCUGUACUAAAUGUGUGUGACUGCCCUUAACUAUUUCAUUUAUGAAUGGCUCUGGCCAGCCCAUUUUCUAGUGUUGUGGAAGGGCAAGUUUGAAGUCAUAAACGAGAUUUAAGAGCAGUAAGGCUUCUGUGUUGAGCUUGAUUCAGAAGCCCUUUUUAGAUAGGAAUGAGGCCAUCCUACUAAAUUAUUGCAUUCAAGACUUUCAUCUUAAUAUGCAUUAUAUUGGAAAAAUAACUUAAUUCCAUACGGUGGCUUCUGUUUAGGUUCUCAUUUUUUCUUAUGUUAGCAUUUUUUUUUUUAUUCUACUUUAAGACAUGUAAUUAAAGGAAAUGAAGGUGGUUAUACAAACUUCACAUACUGUAAGGUUGAGUGUGGUUAAUUUUCAGAACAUCACUGUUUGCCCUUCACACUCCUAGUUAAAUCGCUGUUAAUAAAAGCUUUUUAGCUGGAAUUGUAGCCCCCCCUGAACAUUCUGAGUAGGAAACCCUUUUAUUCAGGCCUUAAAAAGCACAGAGGCAGCACAGAUCAAGUUUAAGUUUCUUGCCGUCUAGGAUUACUUAUUUAUGCAUUUAAGUACUUCACUCCAUAAGUAAUUUUUUUGGUUUCCUUACUAGAUAAGCAGUGUAUAUGUGUAGUUAUUUCAAUGUACCACCAUUUCAUAAUCUUACUUGACUAAUAAGGGGGAUGACAGUUGUCUUUUUGUCACCUUUGAGCUGCCGCUGAUUGGACUGUCCUACUAGCAGUUUAAUUUUGGUUUUGUUUAGUCAAGAAAUAAGAUCUGCUGAAAAAACUGUGUCUCAAGCUAAAUGCAUUAUUCCCGUAAUCGGUUACGUUAAGUUCAGUAGCAGUCACGGUAGUCAAUUUGAUUCAUUCUGUGUCAGUGUGUGUUUUUUUUAUUUUAUAAAAUUUUUCACUCAUGUAAUAUUGUCCAUUGCCAAAAAUGUGGAAAUAGCAAGUAUUAAUAAGUAAACAUGUUUAGCAUCUGUGACAAAACACUUCUGUGAUGUUUGUUAAAAAAAUGAAGUUUCCUUUGCACUUGGGCUUUUGGUAUAUGGCACCAGCUUUGAAUGUUUUGAUGAUUAGUAACAGGGCACAAGUGGUUUAUUUCUAUUAAUCUAUUAGUUAAUAUAAAACAAAUAUAAAGCUAUAUUUUGAAAAUUCCUUAUUUUUUCAAAUAAAAGCUGACAACUUUUUAAACUGUUGUAUUCAAUAAUCAGUUGUACAUCUAGUCCUUUUUGUACCUUCAUGAUUGGGAUUUAGUUCCAAUUACAUUGUAAGUGAAUAACCAGCCAAAUUUAUUACUUUAUUUCCCUUUGUAUUUUGUGGCUUAUGUCAGUUGGAUUUUUCUAUGGUAUGAAGAUCUGAGUCCAGAACUGAAUCCACUUUGCUUCCAUUGUUUCUGGGAUAGGCACUUGCUCCCCCUCGCCAUUAUAAGGUGAUUAAAAAAAAAUGAUGGAUAAAGAGCUAAAAUUAUUUAGUGCUUUAAUACAUUAUACUGUAUGUAUACAUAUGGUAAUUCCAUGUAACAUGUAUCUCACCAGUAGUUUUGAAUAUCUUAAGCCAAUGUUGUGUGAGUGACAAUCCACUGUCAUUUUUACCUUGAAUGAUAAAGUGGUUUGAGCUAUAUUUUAAAUGUAUAUAGCCAGUAAAAAGUGGAUAUUAUGGUCUACAUAGGUUACAGCGUUAACUUUGAAUUAUCUUCCUUUUUGAGCUACCUCAUAUACACCAAAGACAGAUCUGCAAUUCACCAGCUAUUGCUUACCAGUUAUCUUUUUGUUCAUAGUUACUGCAAGCCUCUGCAUUGUUAUCUAAGAUUUUUUUCUUAUUGAUUCCUUGUCCUUUCAAUAAUUUUUAAUCCAUUAGUGUUUAUUUACAAGCCCUUCACAUGGGUCAGAAGUGCCUGUUGAUGUAUAACGUCAACUGGCAUGCUGAAGCCUUGCUAAACUUAUUCAAUAUCACAGGACUGCUCUGUUUUGUUAAGUACUGUCUUUCCACAUUUAAAUUCUUUUUAUUUGAAAAGUUAUAUUUUUGUGCCCCCUUUUUUACAUUAAGAGAUCAAAGGUUUCAUGAGAAAAGAAAAUGUCUGUCUUUAUCUUAACGAUUUUGCUAACAGUUUUGAAUGGGAAAUAAACUUAUUUAAAUGUCAAA